UUGAAAGGAUUAAUGAUGGAGAAUACACUUUUAAACUCUUUAAACUUCAAAAAAGAUAGUGUAAGUUCUAUUCUGAAAACUAUUAACAAAUCUGCAAAAAUGGGAAUUGAAAAGACGACAUCCCUGUUAUUUAAAUCUUUGGCAAGUUCAUCGCAAUCUCUUGUAAGUGAAUCUUCAAACUCAACUUCAGUAAAUUCAACUACUUUAUCACUAGUAUCAUCAGUGACUUCAACUACCCCAUCCUCAAUAUCAUCCCCAGUGACCUCCACAGCUAAAUAUGAGUGGAGCGGAGUGGCUGGUGUAUUGGACUGGAAUAAAAGUGAGAUUUUGAAUAUAAUAACAAGUCAGAUACAAAACACAUCCUUGGAAAACCCCAAUAUGGACAAUAUGGACCAAAAGGAAGAGAACGAACUGGAAAACGAAGAUGAUAUUUAUGAAAACUUUGAAGCGCAAGAUGCUCGGGAGGUCUGGCCGAUAUUUUCUAGAAAUAUAAAAGUUGGACGAUCUUGGGAGGACGAUUAUACAUUCAGCGUUACCUUAGAUACGGCCAAGAUAAUUGAGUUGUUGAUGAUGCUGGUCCUGAUGUUCUCGAUCCUGUACAUCUGGUUGACCAUCACGGGCUGGGCGGUCACUUAUGUUCUUCACUUACUUACUGUUCAGGAUAUUCCAGAGCCUGAGGAGGUCGAAGUUCCAGUGAGUCCUUGGCUUAUGGAUGUGCCUCCGCCCUAUGAAAGCUUGAAUAUAGUUGUCCUGCCACCCUCCCCCUCCUCUGCCUCUGGUUCUCAACCCAGGAAAUAUGUUACUGAGGAGCCCCCAACCUUUCAUGACGCCAUUGUUGGAAUGAUAUUCAGAGACAAGAAGAAAAAGACGCCCAGGUUGAGCCGCGCAUCAUCAGCUGAAUCUGUCCUGGAAACCCUGGAGAAAUCCCCGAAAAACGGAGAACCAGCUCCGGUGCACUCAAACCCUACCUUGUUCGAGAGAAGGUUCGGACGCCAUAUCCAUAUGAGGAAUUCUAUUGACGUAAUGCUAUAAACCAUAUUAUUAAUUAUCAUGAUAUUGAUAUUUAAGCGAGAACUUAAAAUGAUGAAAUCUUUAUUCACAUAUUUUGAAAACACCUUUAUUUUAAUAUAUUGUAGUUGUAUUGUCUUAUACAGGGUGUCCCAAUGAACAUGGGAAUUGACUUUUGAGAGACGGUUUGAAUAAUUUAUAAAUGAAAUAAAGUCCAUCAUGAUAAUUUGAUUGAAUAGUCUUGUUGAUUCUUAAUGGAAAUGGAAUCUGGACAAAUUUCCUAGUAUCUCCGUCAAUUUUGAAGAUAAAAAAUGGUGGACCACAUUUUGGAAAUCCCGGGAUUAGCAGUUUUUGGUGUGAACUGUUUUAACUUGAUACUAAAAAACUGUGUUUACGAAAUAAUCCCGCUUGGAUAUUUGUACACUCUGCAUAUAUACUUAUAAAACCUUGUAAUGAUAAAAUAUCUUUUUUAGAAUUAGUUUUGAAAGAAAACUAAAACUCCAGAGGCCGAAUUUAAAGAAUUUGAGCCGCGGCUUAAAUUCAUUAAAUUCGGACUCAGGUUAUUUUAAGGUUUGUACACUUGGUCUUUAACAUGUAAAUUGGAACAUUAUAAAAAUAAAAAAUUUUUGAAAUUUGAAUAAAUUUCUUUAAUCCUUUUUAUCUUGUAGCCCAAUAACUUGGAAAAUACUCCAGUCUUUUUAUUUGUUAAUUUUGUCUCGUCUUCUUCUUCUAUGUCUUUGCCUUUUUCGACUUUUUCUGACUCCGGCACUAUUUCAGGAUUUCCUGCAAUUUCUGGAGAAAUCGGGUUAAUUUUCUGGUCAGUUUGUUUAAAUUUGUUGGAGAUGCUUGAGAGAGAUGCUUUGUCUGUCUGGAGGAUUGGUUUGUAUGUCGUCGUCAAUAUAAUCUCCGGAAUAUCUGGAAAUGAGACUGUCUCUGGUUUAGGUUCUUGCUCCUCAUGUCGAAU